UGUAUAUUAACGUGGCAAAUACUGUACCCUUCACAUUUGGAAAACUAUCAAAUCGAUAAUCAUGCCUGAACCAGUUAAGUCUGUACCGAAGAAAGGAUCUAAGAAGUCCGUUGCCAAGCCGGCAGGUAAGGCAGGGAAGAAGCGCAGGAGGACUAGGAGGGAGAGUUUCGCCAUCUACGUCCACAAGGUCCUGAAACAGGUCCACCCCGACACCGGCAUCUCCUCCAAGGCAAUGGGCAUUAUGAACUCCUUCGUGAACGACAUUUUUGAGCGUAUCGCCGCUGAGGCUUCCCGCCUGGCCCACUACAACAAGAAGUCCACCGUCUCCUCCCGGGAGAUUCAGACCGCAGUGCGUCUGCUUCUGCCCGGUGAGCUGGCCAAGCACGCCGUGUCCGAGGGCACCAAGGCCGUGACCAAGUACACCAGUUCCAAGUAGGCUGUCACCGUAGCCUGCUCAA